AAAUGGAGAUAUAUUAUUAUCUGAAAAGCCUAAUACAUAAAAUAAAAUAUUCCAUGAUAAUUAGAAUUCUUUGUGGAAAUCUAAUAAUUAUUCGCUACCAUAGUUAGGUGGAAGUUCUUUCUAAUUAAAACCUCCCCGGGAGACCAUUAAAAAACAUAAUACUUAAAAAAAUCAUAAUCAAAAUCUUAGAAUAUCUCAAAGAAAUUUCUUCCAAUUUAAUCUAUAUAUAUAUGUUUUUUGUUGAUAAGGGGUCCUAAAGGUUUUGUUGAUAAUUAAAAUAAAUAAUAUUUUCGAGGAACACACAAAAAAACCCAAAAAAAUGACACCCCAAAAGGGAUUUGAAAAAAAAAAGUAUUUAAAUAUUAUUUUAAGUGGGAUAAAGAUGACGGAGGGCGGAUCUGUGUGCCCCGAAGCCACGUGGUCCUUAGGAGACACCAAUACGGCUCCCCAACGGGCCCCGCGGCCCAAAGCGACAAACCCCGGUUUCUGCCACCCCUCGAUCCGAUUCCCGGUUCGCGUCGCCUCUUUUCGUUUCCCACGGGGCUCGGCGGACGGCGGUGGCACACGAGGACAAUAGGCGACUGCGACCUCCAGCUGUCACCUCCCCACUGUAACCUUCUGCUGAGCCGGCGAUCCUUACUUUUAGGACGAAAAUACCCUCCGCAUUACAUAUACGCGGUCGUUUUUACCUGAGCUUUAGGAAGGGUUACACCGUAAUUUCAUAACAGUGCAAGGGUGAUUUGGUGCGUUGUCCUUGUAUAUUUCCCUGGCAAGCACAUGGCUCCGCUCUCCUCUUUGUUUUCGUGCAUACUAUACAUUGGUGAUCGUAGGCAUAGAAGAAAGGCAGAGGAGCGGAGUGGAGAGGAAGACGCAAGUUUCAUAGUGUUUGCGAUUUGAGCUAACAGGAGAGCAAGAGGAAGAGAGCAGAGAUGGUGAAUUACUGGAAGUCUAAAGUCCUUCCGACGAUCAAGAAGGUGUUUGACAGGAACGGCAAGAAGGCUGCCGCCGCCGAGGCAUGCAAGUCCUUCGACGAAUCGAAGGAGGACAUCAGCAAGGAGUUCGAAGAGAAGAAGACUGACCUGCAGCCCAAAGUUGUGGAGAUCUACGAAGCUUCUGCCGUUGAAAUCAAGACUCUGGUGAAGAAACCGACGGGGUCAGGACUGAAGAAGAAAUCAACUGUUGUGAUCAAGUUCAUCGAGGAACUAGUGAAGAUCGAGUUCCCUGGCUCGAAGCCGGUGAGCGAGGCUGCCGCCAAGUACGGCCCCGGCCUCGUCUCCGGUCCCGUGAUCUUCCUCUUCGAGCAGGUGUCCACCUUACUCCCCGCAGAGGAGCCGCCUGCUCCCGCCGAACCGGCCGUCGAGAGCACCAGCAAGGAUAUUACACCGGAAACCGCGGAGGAGAUCAAGAAGGAAGAGGCUGAGGCGGAGGUGGAAGAGGCACCUGCCCCGGCCGACCCGGCUCCCUCGGACCCCUCCCCGGAGACGGAGAAACCGGCCGAGCCAGCGGCUGAACCCGCCAAGGCUUGAUAUAAACCACCAGCCUCCCGAACCGAUCAUUCCACCGCCACCUCGCCACCACCGCGCACCCAGUGUUUCCAUGAUUUAUUAUUCUUUCUCUUGUCUCUUCGUCAAUUUGCUUCUCUUUCUCCUGUACGUAACUAUGUCUUGGUUUCUCUCAUUUUGCUUUCGGCAAGGGGACAUGCAGGCCAUGUAAUAUCAUUAUUAAGUGCAGUGUGGUGUUAUGUUA